CUCUUACUGAUAUCACCAUAAUCAUCCCCACCAUCUUCAUCAUAAUCAUCAUCAUACUCACACAGACGGAGCCAGUCAGGAGUCCAAUUCAGGUCAAGAAUGUUCAGGUACACCGCUCCCUGGCAGGUUCUCUGUCAGAGUCUGGACCACGACAACAAGAGACUGUCGUCAGGCGAUGUUUUAGCAUCUCAUAGUUUGCAAACAUCAAGCUCUGUUCAGCUUCUUCCCUCAGAAGCUCCGCCCCCUCUCGGCCCCUCAGCGCCCCUUGCAGACAUGGACAGCAUCCCGAGGAGGUGGGUGUUGAAGCCCCUAUCUCCACUGCUACAACAGUCAGACCUGCGCACCAUCACCAGUCCGACCUGGACCCCCACCCCUGACAUGGACAGUCCUGUCUUCAGCUCUGACAGCAUCUCCAUCACUCGCAGUGUGUCUUCAGUGGUUGUCUCCUCACAGGGGGACCGGUCCAGAGACGUGGUGGUUAUGGCACGGCAGGUCGCGGUUUCACAGGAUGGUGGCGGCAGAAUCAGAAGCAGCAGCAGCAGCAGCAGCAGCAGCAGCGACGAGUUGCAUCCUAGCAGCCCCAGCAGCAGCUCAGGCUCUCAGAACGGGUUCUACUCCUUCGUAGAGGAUCCAACAAGUCUGGAGGCGGAGCUGAAUGAAGCCUGGAUGAUCUCUCCUCAGCGGCAGAAAAAGCUGGCAACUUUGAAGGAGGAAAAGGGAUUCAAGCUACAGACCUACAGCAGCAGCAGGAAGCCAGAGAGUCUGUUCUCAGAGACCAACGGGGACUUGCAGUAUAAAGUGGAUCCAAACAGCAGCCUAGUGGCAGUCAGAGAGGAAGAGGAGAAGCAGCUUCGUAAGGAAAUCAUUCGUAGUCAAGCACCAAAGAGUCCGGUAUGCGAAGACCUGAAUCUCAAUCUGAACAGAUCCACAGACAGACAGAUCGAGGGGUUCAGUGUGAGCUACAGUCCUGUCAGAUCCAGACAGGAACCUCCUCCUGCUGAUUCCGGGUCCAUCAGCAAGGAGCAGAUCAACUUCAGUGCUGCCCGUCAACAGUUCCUGAAGAUCGAGCAGGACCAAAUGGCAGCUCUUUUCAACCCCCUGAGGUCCUCCAAAACACGUCUGAACCAGUCUCUGCAGACAGAUCCUGAGGAGUCCUCAUCCCAGCAGGUGUUGAGCUCUGAUAGCGUACGGGUGAGUGAAGACACACAGAUGUUCAUACUGACAGAAGAAGAGACCUUUCCCCAGAGGAGAGUGAUGGUGAGUCAGACCGAGGACAGUCUGAGCUGCCGAAGCAGUGUUUUCGAUGACCUGGACUCAGGCCUGGAGGAGCAGUCCCUGGAGGUUGGAGGGGGCUAUACCAGUGAUGAGGGCGAGUUCAAUGACAAGUCCAUGAGAGAGACCCCAAUUGAGAGGGAGAUCCGGUUAGUUCAGGAACGUGAGGUGAACCUCAGACGCUCACGUGGGAUGACGCUCAGUGAGGACAGGGCAGAGAUGAUCCAGAUCAGAACCAAACGUUUAGCUUCACUGCAAACACCUGUCAGAGGCAAAGAGAAGAACCGAGUCAGCUUCAUGGUCCAGCGAGAGAUCCAGAAGGAGAACCAGGGGAAGGAAGAACUUGAACAGGGAGGAUUCCUGGAUAAAUACAGCCUGAAUCCUCCACAGGAACCUGAGUACAUCAAGAGGGCAUUAGACCCAGAAGACGAGGUGGAAGGGUUCAAACUGAGACCUCAGUCUGAGGUGUUCCCAUCCCCCUGCUGUCCUCAUCGACAUCCUGAGGAAACGGAGCUCUACAUCAGCCAAAUGAGUUCAUCUCAACCCUUCUCUGUGAGAGACUCAGUGGUCCAGGACACAAGAGGAUUCUACCGGGAUCCAAGAACAUCAUCAUCCUCCCACUCCUCCUCCUCCUCUCACUCCUCUCCUAUGCUGACACGUUGGUGUGACAUGACCGUGACCAACCCUCAUUCCUGGAGGGAGAACCUGGAGUCCACUGGCCUCCGGUCUAGGGGACAAGGAGCACCAGACUUCAUUGAGAAGGAGAUUGAGGAAGUCCUGAGGAGGGAGCAGGAGCUGAGGGAGCUGAGGGAGCUGAGGGAGCUGAGGGAGCUGAGGGAGUCCAGGGAAGAAACUGAUAAGGUGCUAAGCUCUCCAGCUCCUCUGGUGGAUCAGGCAACCAAGAUCGCUGUCAGUCAGUUCUACCCACCUCCAAAAUCAGAUAAAAUUGUAUCUCUGUCCUCUUCGUCUCCUCGUCCUUUUGCCCGUCUACCCAUCAUCACGGCUCAGCCCUGGACCAACUCCCCCCUCCCCUCCUCCUCCUCCCCUGUGGGGAUCAGGCAGACCCCUCUCAUGGGUCUGUCAAAGACUCUCCUUCAGGACUUUGAGGAGAGACGCUUCCAGCUGAAGCUAGAAGAGAGUGCAUAUGCAGGAAUCCAACCAGUCGAUGACGUCAACAACGAGGUUGUUGAGUCAACUAGAGUCAUUCGACAUAAGAACAAGCGAGCUCUGCGCUGGGAGGCGGGAAAGUUUGCCAACCAGGAAGACCAGUGAGAGCAGCAGCAGGUCCAGAUCCAAACCUGUGAAUGCAUCCAGAUCCAGAACCUCCUGACAUGCUGGAUGUCCACUGAUCCUCUCACAGGAUGUUUCUCUGAUUUUCUGCUUCAGGUGAUAUUUGAAGCUUUAAACUGGAACAAACCAAUGAGGCAGCUCCUGAUUGGACCAUAGAGAUCCCCUACUCUCUCCUCGUCCAAUCAGCUGUGGGCUGUUAGGUAGAUCUGAUUCAUGUAGAAAAGCAGUAAAGAGGAGCUGCAGACUGGUGACACUUUCUGAAUCAACUUUGAUGGUUUUCAUGAUUAAAACUGGAGCUUCAAAAAUCAUGCAAAGAUUAAAGAAUAUUUUUUAAAUUAACAUCCUGCUGCCUGCAAGAUUUUCAAAAUAAAACACUGUAUCUACACCAACAAA